AUGAAACAAAUAUAUGAAAAGUGUCUCCGGAGCAGGAUAUGCAGUUUGCAAUUUGCAUGCAUGUUUGAUGAACACGGACAGCAGUUGGAGUGUCCAAGUCUCCCUUUAGGACCCGCACCUUCCACUGAGCCAGCACAAGUAAAUCCGCCGUCGCCAGUGUCACCAUCUUUUUCGCGAAAUGUUCGCCCAGAAGUGGUCGUUGUCGUUGGGCGGUUAUAUGAGGAGAACGGCAACGAGUACUUGUUGGCGGACCAGCAUGAACUACAUCACGAGGACGUGGUGGCGAGUUCGAGUGGUGGUGCUGUGCGAGGCGUGCGGCUCCCAGCGACGGCAGCAGCAGGCGGGCGUCAGGCACGAGGCGACCGCGGUGCUCGCGUCUCCGCCUCCUCAUCGUGGUGGCGCGGCGACCACCUUGUACAAUUCAAGAUAGAACUUGAUGCAGACAUCGUUGAUGUGACAAGUGAUGGAGCUAGUGUCAUGAAAAAGCUGGGAAAAUUGAUUAGCGCUGAACAACAACUUUGUUUCGCACACGCAAUCCACUUGGCGGUUCUUGAUGUAAUGUACAAGAAGAAGUCCAAACAACCCGAAGAAAGGAACGUCAGUGAGGACAACAAUGAGGACAACAGUGCGGACAACAAUGAGGACAACAAUGAGGACAACAGUGCGGACAACAAUGAGGACAACAAUGAGGACAACAGUGCGGACAACAAUGAGGACAACAGUGCGGACAACAGCGAGAACGAGAGCGAUUACGAGAGAGAACGAAGACGGAGCAGGAUAUGCAGUUUGCAAUUUGCAUGCAUGUUUGAUGAACACGGACAGCAGUUGGAGUGUCCAAGUCUCCCUUUAGGACCCGCACCUUCCACUGAGCCAGCACAAGUAAAUCCGCCGUCGCCAGUGUCACCAUCUUUUUCGCGAAAUGUUCGCCCAGAAGUGGUCGUUGUCGUUGGGCGGUUAUAUGAGGAGAACGGCAACGAGUACUUGUUGGCGGACCAGCAUGAACUACAUCACGAGGACGUGGUGGCGAGUUCGAGUGGUGGUGCUGUGCGAGGCGUGCGGCUCCCAGCGACGGCAGCAGCAGGCGGGCGUCAGGCACGAGGCGACCGCGGUGCUCGCGUCUCCGCCUCCUCAUCGUGGUGGCGCGGCGACCACCUUGUACAAGUAUGUGUGAUAGACGAUGAUGUGCCUGAGGAUUUGCGCAAUAGGACUUUGAUAGGGACACUCUAG